AUGGGUGAGCUUGCCAUACUACGCAAAGAGAUUGCUCGGGUCCCCCAGAGACAAAAAGGUGAUGACUCAAACUUUGACUGCGAAGACCGAGAACCGUGCACCAGACACAUUUUGGAGGCGGAACUCCCCAAAAACUUUAAGAUGCCCGAAAUGGCAGCUUAUACCGGGGACUUGGACCCCAGCGAUCACUUAUCUCGAUUCAACCGAGUAAUGACGGUCAUAAGAGUAAGCAAUGACGCCAAAUGUUUAUGCUUCCCGCUAACGUUGAGUGGGUCCGCGGAGGAAUGGUUCAAGAAGUUGGAACCAGGAUCAGUGGACUGUUGGAACAAGCUGCAAAGGUUUAAGGAAGAAGUCUCGAAGACUAAGAAAGUUGAUGACGGACAACAGCUUGCACUUCUUCAAGCGGGGAUCCGUACAGGAACUCCAUUCUGGAACGAAUUACAUCAAGAAGGAGCUUCGAACCUCCAAGAUUUCCAGAAGACAGUCCAAAAAUACAUCAACUUAGAAGAGGCCCAAAUAGUGGCUUAUGGGGGAUACAAUCCGACCGGAGUGGCGGGAUAUGUGUCCGGAGUCCAACUCUCGAGAACCUUAACUUCGGCUACUCCACCAAUAAGCGGCAUACAAUUCUCCGCUACCCCAGGAUAUAAUCAGAGCCAGGCAUUGGCUCCCGCAUCUUCGCACUAUGGGAAUCCUUCGGGGAUGAGUGGACAAGUCUCGUCUCACUCCGCUCCUGCUGCAAGCCUAGCUGGACCUUCUCAAGGCUCUCGGAGCAAGAGGUCCUCGAAAGGAAGCAACCGGACGGAGGACAAGCAACAGAAUAGGGGGUACACUCCCCAAUACACCCAAUACACGGAGCUGAGGGACUCCCAAGACCGUGUAUAUUUCGCCACCAGUACCAAUGAAUGCAAAAAUCUUAAGGAUGAGAUCGAGAGCUUGAUUCGACUGGGUCAUCUCUACGAGUGGAUUAAGAACCGGCUGCCCCAUCUCAACCCGGUUCUGGCAGUGGGACCUUUGCCUCAAGGAACACCAGGGGGUACGCCCGGAGCAUUGGCACCAGUCGCUUCCCCGGGGGAACCUCAGCAGGCACCCGACUUGCCACCAAGACCCAAUGGAAGAGUGACUAUGAUCUCUGGAGGGCCCCAUAUUGGAGGGACUACCCGAAAGGAAUUAAAGCGCUAUGUCGGGGCCGUAAAACACAGCGAGGUUUGGGAAGUCACUCAGCUCCCUGCUCAGAGGCCCCGACUCAUGGAUCAGCCAAUUACAUUCACAGAAGAAGACGCAAAGACGGUGUGUUUUCCUCACCAUGACCCCCUGGUCAUAGAGACUCCCAUCGCCAACAAGAUUGUGGCUAGAAUACUAAUCGACAAUGGGAGUUAUGUGAAUUUACUAUUUAAAGAAGCCUUCACGGUGAUAGGCCUCACGGACCGGGAUCUUUCGCCAAGCGGUUCCCAACUCGCGGGAUUCAAUGGACAACACUCAUCCCAAUGGGAAAAGUGA